AUGUCUCUGACCAAGGCCGAGAGGACCAUCAUCCUGUCCAUGUGGGGCAAGAUCUCCACGCAGGCGGAUGCUAUUGGCACCGAGGCCCUGGAGAGGCUCUUCGCCAGCUUCCCGCAGACCAAGACCUACUUCCCGCACUUCGAGCUGCGCGCGGGCUCGGCGCACCUGCGGGCGCACGGCGCCAAGGUGGUGGCCGCGCUGGGCGACGCGGUGCGCAGCCUCGACGACGUGGCGGGCGCCCUGUCCAGGCUGAGCGAGCUGCACGCCUACAUCCUGCGCGUGGACCCGGUCAACUUCAAGCUGCUGUCCCACUGUCUGCUGGUCACCCUGGCCUCGCACUUCCCCGCCGACCUCACGGCCGACGCCCACGCCGCGUGGGACAAGUUCCUGUCGCUCGUGUCCUGCGUCCUGACCGAGAAGUACCGCUGA